AUGCUCCAGCUCCGGCUCCUGCUGCACGCCAUCUUCCUCGCACUCACCCGCAUCCAUGUCCCAAUCCCAACCCAAAUACCCAUUCACAUCCCCAUCACCACCCACGUUCCCAUCUCCACCCACAUCCAUAUCCCCAUCACUACCCGUACCCUCAACGUCAGCAACAUCCUGACCUGUGUAGAAGACCGCCAUGGAAGGUCGCUGGUAUGUAUGGAGGAGAGCGCGUUUGGGGCCAUACCAGAGAACCUUCCAGAUGAUAUGACCAAAAUACGAAUAGAAAAAUCUCACUUCACUGAAAUACCCAGAGGGGCGUUCUCAAAAACGCCCGCCUUGGAGAACUUGUGGUUGAACUUCAAUGAUAUCACAGUGAUAAACUCAAAGGGUCUGGAGGGUUUAGGGAACUUAACCGAGCUCCGUCUGCAAGGGAACAAGCUGCGUUCAGUACCAUGGACAGCGUUCGAGGACACGCCAGCCCUCAAGAUCCUGGACCUGAAGCACAACCAGCUGGACGUUCUGCCGGAGCAUGCGUUAAAAUUUUUGCCAGGUCUGACUUACUUAGACUUAUCCUUCAAUCGGCUUACGGUCAUAUCGAAGGAGGUCUUCCAAAACUGGCCCCUCUACCAAAAACUGCAGGGCAUGGAGGAGCAGGAGGCGACCGCUUUCGUGCCGAACGUCGUCCUCGCCCUCCACGACAACGCCUGGCUCUGCGACUGCCGCCUGAAGGGCUUCGUGGAGUUCAUCAGGUCCCUGAGGCCCCCGAUUUUACUGAUGAACUCUUACUUGACCUGCUCAGGGCCGGACUUUAGGGCAGGCAAGUUCUUCCACGAGGUAGAGCUGCAGGCGUGCAUGAAGCCCGUCGUCACCACCCAGUCCUCCAACAUCAGCCUGCCUCAAGGCGUAAACCUCACCCUGCGCUGCCUCGCCAAGGCCAGGCCAGACCCGGCGGUGUGGUGGACAUAUGGCCUGAAGAUAAUCAGAGGAUUUCAUGAGUCUCAGGAAAGAGUGGAUGAAGACACCAUCAGAUCCCUUCUGGUGAUCCCCUCCCUCCAUGCAGCUGACCGUGGUGCCUACACAUGCACUGCUGUCAACUUUAUCGGAAACUCCUCUGUCAGCAUCCUCCUGGACGUCCACUCUCCUGCCGGCUCCCAGUCAUCACUCCUCCCUGACAUCCCGGCUCCACCUGCUGCGGUUGAUGAAAACAUCUACAUUGACAUCCGCAUUGCCAAACAGACAGUACGCGGUAUCUCCAUUGAGUGGUAUGCCGCCUUGGACCGACCAGCUGAAACCUGGUUCACCGUCCACUUUGGCCGGGCAGGCUCUGAUAAAAAAGAAAUGACCUUCAUCGGCCCUGGGAUUCACUCUUACACCGUCUCUGAUCUGAUGCCUGCUACCAAAUAUGAAAUCUGUGUAACUCUCAAGAACCAGGCGCCGCAUCCCGGCCAGUGCAUUGUGUUUGUCACAGGAAGUGACAUUACUGAGAUGGAACAGAGGGAGAAGAUGAUUCACAUAGUGGUGAUAGUUUUAGCCAUGGUGCUGGCUGUGCCUAUAGGCAUGUAUGCCUGCACUACUGACACUAAGUUUGCCUGCCUGGAGGGUAUCAUGGAGUCCUGGAAGAACCGGCGGAGAGAAAGCAGCUCGUCAGGAAUGGAGCGAGAGAGGCAGGGCACUUUCGACAGCCUUCAGGCCGCCAGCGACGAGGACCUGGUUAAUAAAGAUUCCAGUGAAAACAGGAAGGUGAGGAGGAGGUCAGAUGACAGACUUCAGAAGCUCAAGGCUGAUCACAGCAGACUCACAGCUGAACUAUAUUAAAGUACUAUUUGUUAAAUCAACAACUGAAAACAUGAAACAGACCUUGUAAUAGACCAACGUCUCACCCUGUACAGUUCUUUUUGUAAAAUUGAAUUGAAAAUACCCCAGAUCUACUGUAUGAUGCUGACUUUGAUGGUGAUUUAAUUUCAAUUUUCAGAAGAAUGACACUACUGUCUGCCUUUGUUUUAAUCUUAUCUCUUCCUCUGUUCUAGGCCCAGGACUUUGUUUCAAAGAUGUGAAUGGUGACCGUUAUGUCAAGAGUGUAAUACAAGGAUUUGCCGUACUGCAGUUUCUUUCUGUCUGAAAUAUUACAUGUUUGUCUUGUUAUCAUGAUAUGUUUAAAUGUCAGUUAUCACACAUUUUAAAUUGCUACUUUAUAUGAAGCCUUUGUGACUGAUUUAAAUGGAGAAGUGCUCACAAUUACUUCUGAUGAGUACAUUUUCUAAAAUUACUUCAGUAGUAGGUGCUUACUUUAUCGCCUGCUUUAUGUUUAUGUAAUUCUGUGUUAGCUUUUUAAUAUUGUUUUAUGUGUUUAUAUACUGUAGGUAAUUAUCAGACAAAUUUCAUUUUGAGUACUUUUUUGGCUUAACACUAAGGUUGACAUAUUGAUACUGUACCAUAAAACUGGAUCUGGAACAAGAAAAUCUCUUAAACCAGAUGGUGAUUAUGUGAAAUAAUUAGAUGAUUGUGCACUCUGUCAAUAAAUAAUGUUUUAAUUAAAUUUAGUUUAAUUACGUUAAAACAGUUAAUGUUACUUUUAUAUGUUGUUUUACUUUAUUGCAAGAAGACACAUCAUGUAACACAAUAUGAAAACAUUCAGUAAGAGAUUUUCAUUUAAAAUGAAACAUUGACAUG